AUGGCUACCCCCGGCGUCAACGCGCCAACUGGUGAUGCCGGCAAUGGCACAUCCCUAUCCCGGAGAAAGAAGCAGAUAUUCCUCAAUGCAUUUGACAUGUCUACAGUUGGGCAUCUGUCGCCAGGGCAAUGGAAGAACCCAACAGACAAAUCUGCAACGAAGCGAAAGCUUCAAUACUGGAUAGACCUCGCUAAGCUGUUGGAGCGAGGUGGUAUCAAUGCUUUGUUCCUUGCAGACACAUACGGUGGUUAUGACACCUACGAAGGAAGUCUAGACAACUGCAUACGACGGGCUGCCCAAUGGCCUGUUACGGAUCCUACUAUUCCCAUCAGUGCCAUGGCAGCAGUCACCAAGAAUUUGACUUUCGCCAUCACGGCCUCAACUUCAUUCGAACCGCCGUUCCUACUUGCUAAGAGGUUGUCAACCCUUGACCACUUAACUGGAGGUCGAGUUGGUUGGAACAUCGUGACGUCUUGGAAAAAGGCUGCUUUCAAGGCCAUUGGACUUGAUAACCCGAUUCCCCAUGACGAGAGAUACGAACAAGCAAACGAGUAUCUUGAGGUGCUAUACAAGCUUUGGGAAGGAUCCUGGGCAGAUGAUGCUGUUUCCCCCGAUCCAGAGAAUGACAGUUAUGCGGAUCCCGAUAAGAUCCGAACCAUUCAUCACCACGGAAAGUACUUUGACCUAGAUACACGCCACAUCAUCGAUCCGUCUCCCCAGAGAACACCGUUUCUGUUCCAGGCUGGAACCUCUUCUGCGGGCUCCGCAUUUGCGGCGAGCCAUGCUGAGGGAAUCUUUGUGUCAUCGCACUCCCCUAAGCUGUUGAAGCCCAAGGUGCAGGCCAUUCGUGAGAAGGCGGCAGAAUUGGGGAGGGAUCCUCAAUCCAUCAAGUUCUUUGCCACAUUUACGCCCAUUCUUGGCAAAACCGAUGAGGAGGCGCGGGAAAAGUACGAAGAGUUAAAAAAGUACGCGUCCGUUAUCGGCGGCCUCGUCUUGGUUAGCGGCUGGACGGGAAUCGACCUGUCCAAGAUCCCCAUCGACCAAGAAGUUACCGCGGCCGAUUCCCUCGAGGCGAACAAGGUCCGCAGCAUCCUCGACGCCUUCACCACGACGAGCGAAUACGUGCCUAAGUGGACUCCUCGGGUGAUAGCAGAGCGAGCUGCUAUCGGUGGGCUAGGUCCCGUGGCUGUGGGGAGUCCCCAGACGGUGGCGGACGAAAUGGAGAAGUGGAUUAACGAAGGUGACUUGGACGGGUUCAAUAUUGGAUACGUGACGACACCGGGGACGUUUGAGGAUGUUGUGGAUCUCUUGAUUCCGGAACUGAGGAGGAGAGGUUUGUAUCCAGAGCUCCCAGCGGUGGGAGAAGAAGUUACCGCUCGUGAGAAGGUCUACGGGAAGGGCCAGGCUGGAUUACGGUCUGACCAUCCGGGGUCGCGGUUUAAGUACGAUGUUUACCCGGAAGAUCCUGUAAAGGACUCCGGGGCUCACAAAGUUGAGUAG